AACAAUUUCGGUUGUCGUUUUGACGGAUAAUUCUGAUUUCUGAAGCUCCGCAGCAUAGCAUAGAAAGUUAGAGACUAAACUUAAAGAGAAAGAGGUCAUAUUUCUUUUUUGAAUCCGACUUGUCGUUUCGAUGGAUGAUUCUUCAGCGCAUAGAGAUCGCAGGCCAGAAGCACUCGGAGACCUUGGGGUCCUUCCCGAUGAAACCCUCUGCUCAAUCUUAGAGUCUCUCUCUCCCCGCGACGUUGCUCGCCUUGCCUGCGUUAGCAGUGUCAUGUACGUGUUGUGCAAUGAGGAACCACUGUGGAUGAGUCUAUGCCUUAAAGGGGCAUCUGGUUUGCUUCAGUACCAAGGCUCUUGGAAGAAAACUACCCUGCUGCAUAAUGAGAAUCUGCCAGACAAAUACAAAGAGUAUCAACCACGACCACUAUACUUUGAUGGGUUCAACUCUUUAUUUUUGUACAGGAGAUUAUACCGAUGUCAUACCACAUUGGAAUCAUUUCAUGCAGAUGAUGGAAAUGUGGAAAGAAGGAAAGACCUAUCCUUGAAGGAUUUCUAUGACCAGUUUGAUGCAAAGAAACCGGUUAUGCUUACUGGAUUGGUUGAGACAUGGCCUGCCAGACAUAAAUGGACAACUGAUCAGUUGUUGCAAAACUAUGGAGACGUAGCAUUUAAAAUUUCCCAAAGGAGUUCUCGGAAGGUCUCCAUGAAAUUCAAGGAUUAUGUCUCAUACAUGGAAGUUCAACAUGAUGAAGAUCCCUUAUAUAUUUUUGAUGAAAAGUUUGGUGAAGUUGCACCUAGCUUAUUGAAGGAUUAUUCUGUACCUCAUCUUUUUCAAGAAGAUUUCUUUGAUAUCUUAGAUGCUGAACAAAGACCAUCCUAUAGGUGGCUAAUAAUUGGACCACAGAGAUCUGGGGCCUCUUGGCACGUUGAUCCAGCUCUUACUAGUGCAUGGAAUACUCUUCUUUCUGGCCGUAAAAGGUGGGCAUUAUAUCCUCCAGGAAAGGUGCCUUUGGGUGUGACAGUGCAUGUUAAUGAAGAAGAUGGUGAUGUCAAUAUUGAGACCCCGUCAUCACUUCAGUGGUGGCUGGACUAUUAUCCUCUCCUUCCUGAUGAAGACAAGCCAAUUGAGUGUACACAACUACCAGGAGAGACAAUUUAUGUUCCAAGUGGAUGGUGGCACUGUGUUUUAAAUUUAGAAACAACUAUCGCUGUCACUCAGAAUUAUGUGAAUUCAAAUAAUUUUGAAUUUGUAUGUUUGGACAUGGCUCCUGGUUAUCGUCAUAAAGGAGUUUGUCGUGUUGGAUGGCUUGCUUUAGAUGAAGAAACUUAUGAAAAUGUCAGACAGAGCACGACAUGUUAUUCUGAUUUGUCUAGGAAAGAGAAAAGAGCCAAAACUAUCAAAGAUGUAGAUAAUCUAAAUUCUGAAAGUACCGUAAAUGGGGCAUCUAGGAACUAUGGUUUAUGGAAAGAUGGAUUUUCCUAUGAUAUAGAGUUCUUAUCCAUAUUCUUGGAUAGAGAUAGAGACCAUUACCUUUCCCCGUGGAGCGUAGGCAACAGCAUUGGUCAACGAGAACUAAGAGAAUGGUUGUCGAAGCUUUGGAUUCAAAAACCACAAAUGAGAGAGCUUAUAUGGAAGGGGGCAUGUAUUGCACUAAAUGCUGACAAGUGGUUGGAAUGUGCAUCAAAAAUUUGUGCCAUCCACAAUUUGCCUCUUCCCAGUGACGAUGAAAGGCUUCCAGUUGGCUCGGGUAGCAAUCCUGUUUAUCUAGUGGGGAACUCUGUUGUUAAGAUUUUUGUUGAAGGAGGACUGGAAGCUUCUCUUUAUGGUUUUGGCACAGAGCUAGAGUUUUACAGCCUACUUCAUGAAAUCAACUCCCCUCUCAAGAAACAUAUUCCUGGUAUUUUGGCCAAUGGGAUCAUUUAUGUUGAAGAUGGAUCUUUUAACAAUUUAACUUGGGAUGGAAAAGGAGUCCCUGACAUCAUUUCAAAGAGCAAUCUCAUCAAGACAAAAUGUGAUGUUCAUGGUUUCUCAUUUGGGGUAUGGGGCAAGAAACAACUUGAGUAUAAGAAUGCUGGGAUGGAAAUGGAUGGAUCGGAUAGUUUAGCAGGUCACUCAAGUAUAUGGCCAUAUAUGAUAAUGAAACGAUGUGAAGGGAAAAUGUUUGCAGAUUUAAGAGACACACUCUCAUGGGAAGAUGCAACAAACUUGGCCUCCUUCUUAGGGGAGCAGCUGAACCACCUUCAUCUCUUACCACAUCCACCUUUGAAUAUUUCAUCUUUAACAGAUAUUGAACAUGAAUUGAGCUUUACUGGAACCGAUGGUUGUGGUGCAACUGUUAAUUAUAAAUCAAAUACUGCAGCAGAAUGGGGAGUCUUCCUAAGAAACUUAACAAUGAUGCGGAAGAAUGUUUCAAGCCGUUUGACCAAGUGGGGAGAUCCAAUCCCUAGCAGUUUGAUAGAGAAAAUUGAUGAAUAUGUCCCGCCUGAUUUUGUUAAGCUGCUAAACAUAAUUGAGAAUCUCCCAAGGGGUGCUUGUAAACCUUGCUCUUGGAUACACUCUGAUAUUAUGGAUGAUAACAUUUACAUGGAACCAUCUUCGGCUUAUUCUAUCUCAAGUGGGAAUGCAGAAGAUGCUGCCAAGGUAAAUGGUCAUUUGAGCAGCUAUGAUGAAGUGAAAUCCUGGCGUCCUAGUUAUAUCCUUGAUUUCAGUGAUCUUUCAAUAGGUGAUCCGCUGUUUGACUUGAUACCAAUUUAUUUAGAUGUCUUUAGAGGUGAUUCAGAUCUCCUUAAGCGAUUUUUAGAAAGCUAUAAACUUCCUUUUGCAAGUCCCAUAUCAAAGUACGAGUCAACAGAUGGUGGUCAGAAGUAUGCCCGACUUUCAUAUGUUGCCAUGUGCUAUUGUAUUUUGCAUGAUGAGAAUGUGUUGGGAGCUAUUUUUACUAUAUGGAAAGAAUUGAGAUCAGCAAAGUCAUGGGAAGAAGUUGAGCUAACAGUGUGGAGCGAGUUGAACAAUUACAAUGGCUUUCCUUAACUUGUCUAGUAGCCAUAAAUUUAUUGUUCGACAUCUUGUAAAUUUGUAUUAUUGGUUGCCACUUGCCAGUGGCCUUUCAUUGAUUAUAUUCUGUCUAAUAAUUCAACAUAAGUGUAUCCCUUUGCUUCAUGCAAUGUCAAGUCAUUAUAUA